AUGUCUUCACAUUGUGAAAUACGUGGUGAUUUAACAUGUUCAACAAUGUAUCAUGGUGGUCUGCAACGUUCACGUCUUAUUCAACGAAGACAUUCAUUAUUUUCUAAACGUAUAUUUAUGCUUAAAUAUAAUGGUGUCAAAAUUUNAACUACUACAAAUCCACCAUCGGCAAUAACAGUAGCUGAUUUGGAUACUGAUGAAAUGCCAAUUCGAUUUCGUAGAGAUGCAAAUAAACCAAUUGUUUUUUCUGUAAUAUGUCUUGAACGUUAUCAAUUAGUAGAUAUAGUUGAUGAAUUUCUACGAAAAUUUUCAUCUCGUGUUACUCAAGCAACGCAUUUAAUAACAAAUGAUGAUAAACAUACAUUACGUUCACCAUUAUCAAUAAAAUUAAUUGAAGCUAUAGCUAAUCAUUGUUUUUGUGUUUCACAGCGUUGGUUAAUUGAUUGUAUUAAAUAUGAUCGAAUUGUUGUUAAAAGUGCAUUUGAAAUUGAAGGUGAUGAGACAGAUUGUCAUUUUCAAGGCGGUCCAAAACGUUCACGUUCAAUUGAUAAACGUCAUUCAUUUUUUGAAAAUAUAUGUUUUAUGAUUAAAUGUACAGAAAAUAAAGAUAUUAAAAUGACAAAUGAUCUUUUACAAGAUUUAAUCACAAUAGGUGAUGGGCGAAUAAUAACAUGCGUGGCACAAGAGGUUUACUUGAUCAAUUUGAAAUUGUUGUUCUCUGUGAUAAAUUAUAUGUAUCAGAACGACGUCAUAAUUAUGAUCUAUGUCUUUCAUUAG